UACACUAUAUGUCAAAAGAAUUGUCCCCGCCCUCCAAAUCAUGUGAUUCAGGUGUUCCAAUCCCCUCCAUGGACACAGGUGUAUACAAUCAAGCCCCUAGGCAUGCAGACGGCUUCUACAAACAUUGGUGAAAGAAUGGGUCGCUCUCAGGAGCUCAGUGACUCCAAGCGUGGUCCCGUGAUAGGUGGUCACCUGGGCAAUAAGUCCAUCCAUGACAUUUCCUGGCUGCUAAAUAUUCCACGCUCAACUGUUAGUGGGAUUUAUAACAAAGUGGAAGCCACUGGGAACAACAGCCACUCAGCCACCAAGUGGUAGGCCACGUCACAUGACAGGGCGGGGUCAGCGCAUGCUGAAGCGCACAGUGCGCAGAAGUCACCAACUGUCUGCAGAGUCAAUAGCUAAAGACCUCCAAACUUGGUGUGGCCUUUCAGAUGAGCCCAACAACAGUGCGUAGAGAGCUUCAUGGAAUGGGUUUCCAUGGCCGAGCAGCUGCAUCCAAGCCUUCCAUCACCAAGUGCAAUGCAAAGCGUCGGAUGCCGUGGUGUAAAGCACGCCGCCACUGGACUCUAGGGCAGUGGGAGACGUGUUCUCUGGAGGGAUGAAUCACAUGGUCUGUCU